UGCCAGUGCCGGCCCGCCGACGCCGGCCGUGGAUUGCUGCUGCUGCUGGUGGGAGGUCGGCGUCCGCGGGUCCUACUGGACCCGACCGACCGUGGCAGAAAGGCGAAGGGUGCGGUACUCUUUAUUUAUGGCAAAGUGAUAAGCUGCUGGGUCUCCUCCCCUUGAGUGAGGCGCUUCUUCCUUUCACGUCUUGCAGGAGCCCCCCUGUUGUUUGCGAUCUAGUCGACACCCCUUGAACAUCCCAAGUCUAGCUUCCAUCGUCACGAGGUAGCACGCCUUCUCGCUCUCUCGCAUAUCCUUUUCGUAGGAUAUGAAGUCGACGGCGCUCGUAAGCCUGCUCCUUUGGAGCGGGCUGUCUGCGGCGUGCGGCGGGCAGGGCGACCACGACGGCAAGGAGUGGACAAAGGAGGAGCUAGACGAGUUGGAGGCGAAAUGGGGCUUUGACUGGCCGUUCUCUGGCAUCGGAUCAUUUGCGCAUCUGGACCACUCCAAGUGCCUGACUGAUCCGUCGGUCAACUAUGACAUUGCCAUUGUCGGCGCGCCCUUUGACACGGCCGUCUCCUUCAGGCCAGGUGCCCGCUUCGGGCCGCGGGCCAUCCGCCAGGCCUCCUCCCGUCAGACAGGCUUCCGCGGCUUCAAUGCUCGCGCGAGUGUCAACCCGUACCAGAACUGGGCCAAGAUCAUCGACUGCGGUGACAUUCCCAUCACGCCCUUUGACAACAACAUUGCACGCGACCAGAUGACGCAGGCUUUGACGGAGCUGGGCAAGCGCAAGGCCGUCUCGGCGCUGAGCCCCAAGCCCAAGCUCAUGACCCUGGGCGGCGACCACAGCCUGACGCUACCGGCACUACGGGCACUCAAGGAGAUUCACGGGCGACCUAUUCGUGUGCUCCACUUUGACGCCCAUCUCGACACUUGGAACCCCAAUGCCUACCCCUCGUACUGGGGUGCGACGCAGUUCACGCAUGGCUCCAUGUUCUGGAUGGCCAACCAGGAGGGCCUCCUCUCCAACUCGUCUACUGAGGCGUCGGUGCACGCUGGGCUGCGGACACGCCUCGGCGGCACGGAGUGGGUCGACAACGAGGACGACUCGUCGCAGAACUGGGUGCGCUUUUCCGCCGACGACAUGGACGACAUGGGCACGCAGGGCAUCAUCGACGGCAUCAUGCGCGUGCUCGGCACCGAGGACCCUGUGUACCUGUCGGUGGACAUUGACGUACUGGACCCGGCCUUUGCGCCUGGCACGGGCACGCCCGAACCCGGUGGCUGGACGACGCGCGAGCUGAUCCGCGUACUCCGUGGCAUCGAGGGUCUCAACCUCGUGGGCGCCGACGUCGUCGAGGUGUCGCCCGCAUACCAGGGCAGGGGUGAAGAGACAGCUCUGGCGGCCGCCCAGGUUGUCUACGAGCUGCUGAGCUCCAUGGUCAAGCGUGGCAUGAAGGAGAUGGGCAAGGAAGUGGUGCCCGAGACGAAGCAGAAGCUGCUCAAGGCCGCUGGGAAGAGCAACGGCAAGGACGAGCUGUGAGGCCGGCCCUUGACAUGAAGUGCUUGCCUGCCGAGGCUUUCCCUACCUUGCAGCAGCAUGUGGUAUGGCUACGAGCAGUAUUGGACGCAUGAAAGAGGAGUUGGGACGGAUGGGCAGUUGUUGGGUUGUUGUUUCGAUGACGGUGUAUGAAGGAGAGGCAGUUGGCGUCCUUGAAAAGGCAGAGAGAAGCAUUGUUUGUGCAAGAUUCGCGAAAAAGAAAGUACAUGUGAUCAAAUGACC